UCGUAUUCGCUCAUUGUUGUGUGUCGCUUUAGAGCAACGUGAUCAGUGGUUUGGAGACGUGAUGACGUCAGACUUCGAGGCACAAGCCGAGAGCGCGUUUAAAGCCGAGUAGGGCGUGAAAGUGUGUGUCGGUGCCGCUCGUUUUCCUUCUAGUUUCUUUUAAUCUAAUCCCCGUUCGACGAAUAAUGUGCAAAUAGCAUCGUGUGCCGCCGUGAAUCAACGUGGGACAAUUAUGUUCGGUGUUCUUUUAACGUGAUUAAUAGUGAAAAAAAGGAAUACCAUGUUCCGCUGCAUACCGAUUUUUAAAGGGUGUAACAGGCAGGUGGAAUACAUUGACAAGCGUCAUUGCUCUCUGCCGUGCGUCCCCGAUGAUAUUUUACGAUAUUCGAGAAGCUUGGAAGAGCUCCUGCUGGACGCGAAUCACAUUCGUGAUCUACCUAAGAAUUUUUUUCGGCUGCAGAAGCUACGAAAGCUAGGCUUGAGUGACAAUGAAAUUCACCGCUUACCACCAGAUAUCCAGAACUUCGAAAAUCUCGUGGAGUUGGAUGUAUCCAGGAACGAUAUACCAGACAUUCCUGAGAACAUCAAGAAUUUACGGGCACUUCAGGUGGCGGAUUUCAGCAGUAAUCCAAUUCCAAGACUUCCAGCAGGGUUCGUGCAAUUAAGAAACUUAACUGUUUUGGGACUCAAUGAUAUGUCCCUUACGAAUCUACCGCCUGAUUUCGGAAGCUUGGAGGCGUUGCAGUCAUUGGAGUUGAGGGAAAAUUUGCUCAAAUCCUUGCCGGAAUCGCUUUCCCAACUUUAUAAAUUGGAGCGGCUGGAUCUUGGUGACAAUGACAUUGAAGUUUUACCAGCACAUAUAGGAAAAUUACCAGCAUUACAAGAAUUAUGGCUAGAUCAUAAUCAAUUGCAACAUUUACCACCGGAAAUCGGAGAAUUGAAAACGUUAGCAUGCCUGGAUGUAUCUGAAAACCGUCUGGAAGAUCUUCCGGAAGAAAUAGGAGGGUUAGAAUCUUUAACAGAUUUGCAUUUAUCGCAAAAUGUUAUUGAAAAAUUGCCAGAUGGUCUUGGAGAAUUACAGAAACUUACUAUACUCAAAGUCGAUCAAAAUAGGCUUUCUACUCUAAAUUCAAAUAUAGGCAGGUGUGAGAACUUACAAGAAUUAAUUCUUACGGAAAAUUUUCUCCUCGAACUGCCUGUAACUAUAGGAAAACUUCAUAAUCUAAACAAUUUAAAUGUAGAUAGAAACAGUUUGCAGUCGCUUCCUACGGAAAUCGGAAAUUUAAAACAAUUGGGUGUACUAUCUUUAAGAGAUAACAAACUGCAGUAUCUUCCUAUCGAAGUUGGACAAUGUACAGCUCUUCAUGUGUUGGAUGUCUCAGGCAAUAGAUUACAGUACUUGCCAUAUUCCUUGAUCAAUUUGAACUUAAAGGCAGUAUGGUUAAGUAAGAAUCAAGCACAACCAAUGCUUACUUUUCAGACAGACGUUGAUGAGGAAACAGGGCAAGAAGUAUUAAUUUGUUUUCUUUUGCCACAAUUGGAAAUCCAUCCAGAUGAUUCAGGAAGAAUUGGUAUGCUUGGUGGUAUGAGAAAUGUUGUUCAAGAUGGCGAAAUACGUGAACUUGGUAGUAGCGAUGAUGAAGGCUGGCAAGAAAAAGAAGCGUCGCGAACGCAUUCCGUGAAAUUUACGGAUGAACCUCCGGAAACUGAUAAGGAGACACCAUUCGUACGACAAAAUACCCCUCAUCCAAAAGAAUUAAAAGCAAAAGCUCAUAAAUUAUUUAGUAAAGGAAAAAAUGACAGCCGAUCAGCAUCUACAGAUGAGCAGGAUGUUUCUCAAACAUUUGGUUUGGAUAAAACUGAGACUGAUAUUUCAACAAAGUCCAAUGAUUUGACUACCGAGACUAUAGAGCAAGAAUCGUUACAACCUGAAUCUAUAGAAAAUGCACAAAAAGAAACCAUACCUGGUAUAGUGGCUGAUAAUGCAGAUUUUCAGUCCAGCAAUGAACCAGAAAUAGUUUCUAAUCAAUAUAUUACAGAAUCUAAUGCUGAUGUGAGGACUGAAGGUUCAAUAUCUGAAUCAAAGGAUAUAAAUGACAAAGAUGAGGAAGAAUCUGAAAAUGAAGAAACACAAAGACAUGUCGAAUUUUCUAUCGUAGACGGUACUGAUUAUGAUGGUAGUGGUGAUUCAAAUAGACCAAAUAGACUCCAUCGUAGAGAUACUCCACAUCACUUGAAAAAUAAACGAAUCCACACAGCAAUAGAUAAAGAAAAGGUAGCUUCCAUUAUUGCACAGGCACUUACGAAGAAAAAUGACGAAAUCUCCACAUCCACGUCAGCACCUGCAGAACCCACAGAAAAUUUUGACGCUCAAAGUCAAGGUGCGAUUUCUGAUGCUGAGCCGACGAUAGAAGUACGAGAGGAACAAUACGAAAUUCAUAUCGAAAGAACAACAGGUGGUCUUGGUUUAUCAAUAGCUGGUGGAAUUGGUUCAACCCCUUUUAAGGGUGACGAUGAAGGCAUUUUUAUUUCCAGAGUCACGGAAGGUGGACCUGCAGACUUAGCAGGUUUAAAAGUGGAAGAUAAAGUAUUGUCUGUAAAUGGUGUUUCAGUAGUAAACGUAGGUCAUUAUGAUGCUGUAGAAGUUUUGAAAGCUUGUGGACGUGUCCUUGUGUUAGUGGUUCAAAGAGAAGUUACGAGGAUAGUGCCACCAUAUGAACAGGUAUCGUCGAGAAAAGACUCAGCGUGCUCUAGUUUAAGUACCAGUAGAGCUCCAAGUGCGACGUCUCAUGUUUCAUCUACAGGUUUACCGCAUAAUUUAGAAAAUGGUGAUGCUUUACCUCAUGAUGCUAUUAAGUCUAAGAAAAUUCCUGAACCUAUAUCAUCAACAAAGGCGGGCAAUGAACCAAUGGUAUCUGUUCUUGUUCACACGACAUUAAUACGGGACCAAAAUGGACUUGGAUUUAGUAUUGCCGGUGGGGAGGGUUCUCCACCAUUCAAAGACAAUAGCGAUGCGAUAUAUAUUUCAAGAAUAACCGAUGGUGGUGUGGCACAAAAAGAUGGUAAAUUAUUAGUUGGAGACAAAGUAAUAUCUAUUAAUGGAGUUGAAAUGAGAGGAGCCAAACAUGAGCAAGCAGUUGCUUUAUUAACAGGUUUGGAAAGAUUCGUUCGAUUAGUGGUCGAACGUGAAAUUCCACUUUCGCAAGCAAAUGUAGCCACAGUUGUAACACCUUCAGAAAAAUCACCACGAGUGAUCGGUGCACCUAGACCAUAUACAGGAUUAUAUAACGCCAAUAGUUAUAUAGCAAAUAGACCGGGUUACACCGGAUAUCGACGUUCUAUCGAUGCUGAUAGGACUCUAUCGCCAAGUCCUACUUCGAAAACGCCUCCGCCUAUGAAAAUUGAAACUACUGAGCUACCGAAAAUGAAUGGUGUUACAGAAUCAGGAAAUAUUAAGAACGUUUCUUCGAUAUCACCAAGUCCGACAAAUAGCCAACCACAUCCACAACCUGCCCCCAGGCAUAGCAUUUCGCAACCUACAAUUACACCCACAACAACUACAAGCUCAACGCCCACAUCUUCUACAGAACCUAGGUCAACCUCACCCCAGGAAGACAUACAGGUACCGAAGCCUAUCACCAACGAAGAAUUUCAGGCCAUGAUACCUGCUCAUUUCCUUCGUCCCCCUACUUCCUCACCAUCACCAGAUUCCCAUCAAGGCCCUAUCGUGACAGUGACAAUAAAGCAGCCUGAUAAUCUACCUGGAGACGUCAAUUUUCCUCCGGCUCCUACCACACUUGGUAAAGUUACUGAGACCAUCACAAAGAGCACUCUCACCGAGACCGUCGUAACUAGGGUGACUGAAAAUCAAUUGGUACCACCAGUAAUUAUUGAGGACGUAAUUCUUGUAAAAGAAGGAUCCCUAGGAUUCAGUAUUAUUGGCGGUACAGAUCAUUCGUGUACUCCAUUUGGUGCAAAAGAGCCUGGAAUUUUUAUAUCUCACGUUGUGCCUGGUGGUAUAGCUGCAAAAUCUGGUAAAUUGAGAAUGGGUGAUAGGAUACUAAAGGUAAAUGGUACUGAUGUAACAAAAGCCACUCAUCAAGAGGCUGUGAUGGAACUUUUGCGACCAGGCGAUCAAAUAGUGCUUACUGUCCAACAUGAUCCACUACCAGAAAAUUAUCAGCUGGUCGAAAUAGAGUACAUCCCUGUGACAGAAUUAGUUAUUACAAAAGAACCAGGCGAAAAAUUGGGCAUGCACAUUAAAGGAGGACUUCGAGGACAAAAAGGAAAUCCUCUUGAUCAUACAGAUGAAGGGGUGUUUAUAUCCAAAAUCAAUUCAGGUGGUGCAGCUAAAAGAGAUGGAAGACUGAAGGUUGGAAUGAGACUACUAGAAGUCAAUGGGACGUCGCUGUUAGGUGCGACUCAUCAAGAAGCAGUAAAUAUAUUACGGUGUUCAGGAAACACAAUUACGUUAGUAGUUUGUAAAGGAUAUGAUAAAAGUGAAAUUGAACCAGUAUUGCCAUUAUCCGAUGGUAGAGAUUCUAAAGAAUCUAGGACAUCCAAGGAAUUGAAGGAUCCUGCAACAGAGGGUACUAAAUCAUUAUCGCAAAGUAUAUCUAGUUUGGAUCGCGAUGAUGAAGAAGCAGCAACUCUCAGACAAGAGCAGGAAAUGAAAGCUGAGCUUGUAGCAUGGGAGCAAGAAGAAAGAGAACGUGCUUUGCUUGAACAUAGAGAAAAAUCUACCCCUGAAAAAGUAUUAGAUGUAGUAAGAGCAGCUGAAUCAUUAGUAAGCAAAUCAAGUAGUCCGGUUGACAUGGUUGUACCACCAAAGUCACCAGGUGGUACAAAAGAUCUCAAAACAACCACUAUUGUGAUGAGCAAACACACUUUAGCACCUCAAAAUACAAAUUCACUGAGCAAAGAGAGAGAUGGAACUUCAGUGGACAGUCCAUCGCCCCAAUCUCCGGUCUCUACUCUUACUUCAUCAAUGAAUUUUGAUCACACUACUGCUGUCCAAAGCUUGCCCUCUCCAAAGAAAAAAAAUUCCAUACCGAAACGUAGUAUUACAUUUGCUGAUCUUCCUCCCAGUUCUAGAAAAGAACCAAUUAAUUAUCCAACUUCAACAAAUGAAUAUCCUUCAUCUUUGCAUGAUAAUAGAUAUAUUUCUGAUCCUCAAAUUACUUCUUAUAAGAAAGUCUAUCAAAAUCCUAUCCAAACUACUCAGUACUCAUCUCGUUCCAAACUUCCUCCUACACCUUUGACUGCUCCUCCAUACAUGGGAGAUUAUGGCACUUCAGUCACUUUUGAUAAACGACAGAACGCACGCUCUGUUGGUGGGAGUAAUCAGGUUGAGCUUUCACCAACACCAUCACCAACACCACCUUUAGUGAAGAUGUCAGUUAGCGAUAAAAAGAAAUUGUUUGAAAGUGCCAUGGAGGAACAUUUGAAACCUUCCCCUAAGCCAGAAAAAGUAUUCAGUUUUCUAAGUCAAGAUGAAGUUGAAAAAAUGAAACAAGAAGAAGAAAAAAAGAUAGCUACUCUAACGCGGGAUGAAUUAAAAUCAUGGGCUCAACUCGAUGAAAACGAAGGCUUGGAAGAUUUAGAAGAAACAUUAGAAGAUCAGGAUAACCGGCGACCUAAUAGCCGACUGAGUUCGCGAAGUUCGAUCCCCCUUCUGCAGAAUCUUCCAAGCAGUGUAAGGACAGCAAAAGCAGAACGUCGCUUGAAAGAGAGACUGAUACAGGAGGGUAUAAUUUCUGAUGAAGAUGAAGAAAGUCAUUUGAGUCCUGCUGAACAAAGAGCACUAAGAGCAGAGAAGCGUGCAGCAUGGAGACAAGCACGUUUAAAAUCUCUGGAACAGGAUGCUAUUCAAGCACAGAUGGUAAUUAAGAAAAUGAGUGAAAUGAUGGAUACUACAAAUAAGGCAGAUCCUAUGCAGGAUUCUACAGAUGCUGUUACUGCUGUUUCUGAAAUAGAAAAGACAGCCGAUUUCACUACGUUACGGCCGUCUAGUGCAGAUUUUCCCAAACUUGCUGUACGCAGCAAGGUGGGUCCCCCUAAAGAGAUACGCGAAUCCGAGAAAGUAGUGGACGAGAAGGUCACUCGACGUACCGAGGAAUACGUGGAUGAGGUGACGGGUGAACGGCGUGUCCGUACAGUUGAAUACGUCGAGAAGCUCAUUGAGCGACAGGUUGAAACUCUACGAGAAAAAAUUAUAUCAUUGGAACUAAGUAAUGCAGAAGAUGAAUUAGAAAGUAUUAUCGGAACAGGAGCCAGCGACGCUGAAAGCGAAAGUGAAGAGAUUACUGGACAACCUUCUAAUGUGAAUACCAUGCAAGAGAAAACUGAAACAAUUAUACCUACAAGUGCCACUGAAGAUGCCGCUCCUAAAAUAAGUGCAAAUACUAUUCUAGUUUCAAAGAAAAAGAAACGAAAACGUUCGAAAAAAGGUCGUCAUUGACCUCAGAUAGAAAUGUUGGUGCAAAAUGGAGAAAGACAUAUGGAAGAACGAUUGUGAAAUAUUUUCUUUUUUUUAUUAUAUCAUUGUGAAAGUGUGUUCUAAUAAUGCAUACUUUGCAUUACAUCAAUCUACUUCAUGCAUUUCAGAAUUCAAAUCCUUACUAUAUUGGUGCAUAUAAUAUUUAAAAGAUUCCUCAUUGCGCGCUGCUUUUUUUUGAAGCACACAUAUGUAUACAUAAUACGUAAAAUAUAAUUUCAUAUUCACUAUUUAACGUAACUGAUUAGAUAUAUUCAGAAUUAUGUUUAUUUCUUUCAUAGAUCGUGCUAUGUUUCUGAUAUUAACAUAGUGACAUAAUGCAUGUGUGAUUAGUAUUAUCGCAUCAUAUUUUUAUCUGGAUUGGUGCAACAUAGUAAUUGUAAUUAGCGCAAUCGAUUUCCUUAUUUCUUUAUACAUCAUAGAAUUUGUAUUUUAUACUUGUUUCAUAAGAUUUGUCUCCUGCGUAAUACCGAUAAAAAAUAUUUCAAUGGUGAAAAAAUUAGAAUAUAAUAUCAAAGUAGUAUUUUUAUAGUCAGUACUAUGAUCAUAUAUCCUAUGAAAUAUAUUUAUUGAGAUCAGUUUAUACAAAAAAUUCAUGUGAUUCAAUAUUCGUUGUUCUAUAUAAAAUGAUACACAUUCCUUUUUGCAAUUUUUAUUUUGUUUCGUAGUUUAAAUAAUAUAUUUUACUAUAAUCAAUUCCUCAAUUUAAAUAGGAACACAGGAGCAGUAUUUUUGGUCACUGAAACGAACAAUAUACAAAUGAAAAGAUUUUAAUCAAAUCGUAAUAAAUAAUUGGUUUCCAGACAUAUGUAAAAUAUGUUAUUAGUUAGCUUAAAAAUGAAAAAUAACGUAAACUACAGCUAUUUGUUGUGGUUUGUAAAGUAUUUUAUUUAUUUUUCUUUAGUGAUAAGUAUAUUAAUAUAUAUGUUCUGUAAAAUUGUUUUAAUAUACUUUAAGAUUCAUUUUAAAAAGCACAUAUAUUUAAUCUCAUUGUUAAAUAUCGACAUAGUUUUUGAUCAUUCAUCAUUAGGAAGAAAUUUAUUUAAAGUUUAUUAUCCAUCCUAAUGUCAAAGUUGCCACUAAAAUGUAAUAAAUACCAAGUAUUAAAUUUUUUAAUUGUUUAAAAUAUAUUAUUACUAUACAUAUUCAUGAUUUCGUUCUUUUAAAAAUUUUGUUGUUUUAAUUUAUUUAUACUAACGAUAACUAUAUUUUAUCGUUGACAUUUUUUAUUUCACAAUAUAUUCAAUAAUUUCAUGAUUAAACAAUGUUCUCGCAUAUUUAAAAGUACACAAAAAGAGUUAGCCAAUAUGUAACAAAUAGAUGUAAAAAUGGCGGAGAUUUGAAGCAAGAUUAAAAUCUUUACUUUAUUAAAAGAAUAAAAUGUCGACUACAAUUGAAGAAGCGGAAUAUAUAAAAUAUACGCUGUUUCUUUAUCGCUGACUAUAACAGUACCUUCUAAUAAACAUGUAUGUGUGAGAUUACAAAAAAUAUAAUUUCUAUAUAAAAACUUCUAUAAUAAUGUUAAAUACUUCGUAAGUAUAUUAUCUGGUAAUAUAAACCAAUAAUAUUUGUAAUCUCGUGUAGUUCAAAAUACUUACCUAUGUUGAAAUUGCAACAUACACAGGUAAAAAAAAUUGAAAAUCAUAAUAGUUUUACUAUUUGUGUUUUAGAUAUAACUUUUUGUAUUCUUCAUAUGUUUGCAAUAGUAAGAUGAUUCACCUUAAAUAUAAAAAUAUCAUUUUAUAUAGAUCAUAUACAUUCUUCAGUGAAACAGACCAUAUUAUUAGUAUUAAGAUCUUUACAAAUUAUACAUAUAAAAUUAAAUAUGUAGCAUAAGUAAACAUUAAUUGAGACAAGUAUACUAUUAACUGCGGUGUAAAGUGCGAUUAAAGGAGCGGGACCAAUUUAUUAAAUUAUUCAUAAGAUUGUAAAAGAAAAAAUAUAUGCAAAACAUCUUUUUUCCAUAUAACUGUUAUAUGUAGUUUAAUGCCUAUUGUCAGCAUUAUAAUUGGUCUUGGCAUAAUCUUCUGGAAUUGUAUGAAAAUUAUAAUGUGCCAAUAUUAACUAUAUCUUUAUAGCGGUUUAAAAUGUAAACACUUUUCAAAUAGGAUUUGGAACCUUUUUAUAAUAUUAGGAGUAGCAUAAUAUAUAGAAAACACUGUAAUAAUUAUAGUGUUAAAUAUCGUAUAAAAUAUUUUGGCAUAAUAAUUACUUUUAACAAAUUAUAAAAUUUUAUUAAAACAGUUCUCUGAAAUUAAAUUCAUAACUAAAUUAAUUAGAAUGUGAAUUUUUUAAAAAUCCCACCAUUCUUUAACACUAUAACAUGUUGACAAAUCAUAUCAUGUUAUGAAAUUGUAUUAUUCUUAAUUAUAAAUGAUAAACUUACAGUUGGAAACUCCUAUUUUAGAAGUACUUUACAUCGACGUUAAAUCCAACAAUAGGCAUAAUUUUUAUGUACUUUUGGAAUCUUUGUAUUUGUCUUUACUUUAAUAAUUAAUUAUAAAAAGGAAUAUUACAUUCUGCCACGUAUAUUUUAUAUUUUGAUAAUACAGUAUAUCUGGUUAUAUUGAAUAAUAAACUGAAGCUGCUAAUUUAUAUAAAUAAUAAAGUUUAAAAAAUGUAUUUUAUACAAUAUGAUAAAAAACGUUUCAUGCAACUAUUACCAUAAUAUUUGUGGUAUUACUAUAUGUUGACAAAUUAAAAAUGUAUUUAUUUAUCUAUGUUUUCUAUUGAACAACAUUUAUACAUCUUACAAUGUUCAACAAAUUUGUAAACGAAAGAUAUAUGUAAGUGCAAAUUAAUUCAAGAAAUAAGAAAAUAAAUAAAGUAUCUUAACGUU